GUAAACAUCAACUCCCAUGAUUCAACUCUGAGCAACUGUGGUACGCAGUUGUUGUUAGAGCCAAAGAGAGGCCAGUAGCUUUAGCCGAGGGACAUUGAAUGACUUUGCGCCUGUGUGCGGCAGUGUAAAAGAAGUUGCCUAUUUGACAGGUCGGGAUUUGUAUUGGAGCUGAUGGAGGCCCUCAUACCUGUCAUAAACAAACUGCAGGAUGUGUUUAACACGGUCGGCGCAGACAUCAUCCAACUGCCGCAGAUAGUUGUUGUGGGAACUCAGAGCAGCGGGAAGAGUUCAGUUUUAGAGAGCCUUGUUGGCCGGGACAUCCUGCCACGGGGCACUGGCAUCGUCACACGCCGGCCACUCAUCCUACAGCUUGUGCACAUCGAUUCAGACGACCGCAGGAAGACCAGUGAAGAGAAUGAAUCCAAGAAAAAUGGACGCCUUUACAGAGGCAUCGACGGAGAGGAAUGGGGCAAAUUUCUACACACCAAAAACAAGAUCUACACAGAUUUUGAGGAGAUCAGGCAAGAAAUUGAAGCAGAAACCGAAAGGAUUUCUGGCAAUAACAAGGGUAUUAGUGAUGACCCCAUUCACCUGAAAAUCUUCUCACCACAUGUUGUGAAUCUCACAUUGGUGGACCUUCCUGGCAUUACAAAAGUCCCAGUGGGAGACCAGCCCAAAGACAUCGAGCUCCAGAUCAGAGAUUUGAUCUUCAAGUACAUCUCCAACCCAAACUCCAUCAUCCUGGCUGUGACUGCUGCCAACACAGACAUGGCAACCUCAGAGGCCCUUAAAGUGGCCCGAGAGGUUGACAUUGAUGGCAGGAGGACGCUAGCAGUGGUGACCAAGCUGGAUCUGAUGGACGCUGGCACAGAUGCCAUGGAUGUAUUGAUGGGCCGGGUCAUUCCUGUUAAACUGGGCAUUAUUGGAGUCGUUAACAGGAGUCAGUUGGAUAUUAAUCAAAAGAAGUUGGUGGCUGAUGCCAUUCGUGACGAAUACGCCUUCCUACAAAAGAAGUACCCCUCCCUUGCAAACAGAAAUGGAACCAAAUAUUUGGCCAGAACAUUGAACAGGUUACUCAUGCACCACAUCAGAGACUGUCUGCCUGAGCUGAAGACCAGGAUCAACGUGCUGGCAGCGCAGUACCAGUCGUUACUCAACAGUUACGGUGAACCCGUUGAUGACAAGAGCGCCACGUUGCUGCAGCUCAUCACUAAGUUUGCUGCAGAGUACUGCCACACCAUCGAGGGCACGGCCAAAUAUAUUGAGACAGCCGAACUAUGUGGUGGAGCAAGAAUCUGUUAUAUAUUUCAUGAAACAUUUGGUCGCACACUGGAGUCAGUAGAUCCUCUGGGAGGUCUGACAACUAUCGACGUGCUCACAGCAAUCAGAAAUGCAACUGGCCCGAGGCCUGCUUUAUUCGUGCCUGAGGUUUCGUUUGAGUUGCUGGUGAAGCGGCAGGUCAAACGCCUGGAGGAGCCCAGUCUGCGUUGCGUGGAGCUGGUUCACGAGGAGAUGCAGAGGAUCAUCCAGCACUGCAGCAACUACAGCACACAGGAGUUACUGAGGUUUCCAAAGCUCCACGAUGCCAUAGUAGAAGUGGUCACCUCGUUACUCAGAAAGAGACUCCCAGUAACCAACGAAAUGGUCCACAACCUGGUUGCCAUUGAGCUGGCCUAUAUCAACACCAAGCACCCUGACUUUGCAGAUGCCUGUGGCCUUAUGAACAACAACAUAGAGGAGCAGAGACGCAACAGAAUGAGAGACCUGCCUGCAGCUGUCCCCAGAGACAAGUCCCUUAAAGGCCCAGGUGGGCAGUCUCUCUCUCCCACUGAGCCCGUCACUCUCGAGGGCGAGGCCACCAAGGCUGCAGCCGGCAGCUCUCAGGGCAUCCCUGUCAGCGAGCAGACAGACGGCGGGACGGGGAACUGGAGGGGCAUGUUGAAUAAGGGAGAGGAGCGACCAGCUGCUGACAGAGCCAUGCUCCAGCAGCCACUUCCUGCCAGCCCACAUAAGGGCUAUGCUGUGAACCUGCUAGAUGUGCCUGUUCCAGUGUCCAGGAAGUUGUCUGCUCGGGAGCAAAGGGACUGUGAAGUCAUCGAGAGACUCAUCAAGUCAUAUUUCCUUAUUGUGCGGAAAAACAUCCAGGACAGUGUACCGAAGGCCGUGAUGCACUUCCUGGUGAACCACGUGAAGGACUGCCUGCAGAGUGAGCUGGUGGGUCAGUUAUACAAGACGGGCCUGCUGGACGACCUGCUGACAGAGUCCGAGGACAUGGCUCAGAGACGCCACGAGGCUGCUGAUAUGCUCAAGGCAUUGCAGAAAGCCAGCCAGGUGAUCGCAGAGAUCAGAGAGACCCACAUGUGGUGAGGGCGGCCUCUCUUCAUCACCAUCCUGCUGCGUCUCCUCAGACUGCCGAGACACGAACAACCUGACAAAGCUCUGCUGUGGAUAUGUGGAUAUCGAAACAUAGUUUUAGUGUACAGUAAGGACUUGGAUAUAAUGAUUGGUGGUGCAUAUCUACUCCUCGCCGCCAGCCAUCACACACACAUGCUUCUGUCCUAGAUUAUUCUAUUUUUCUUAUGUAAUGAAACAAUGAAUAAUUAGAUAAUGGUAUGCAUCACCACUAUGUGGAGCCUUGCUGAGGAAUGUCUGCUCUUAAUGUAGAUUUGAAUUAAAGCUAGAAAUGAGAAACCCAUGCCGCAACAAGACGUUCUCUUUAUCAUGCUGAUUCUUUUAUUACUGAUUAAUCAUUUUACUGCUAAUUUUCCCGAAGAAAUCCACUUAAUACAGGUAAUUUGUAGAGAAAAUAUCCCACUAUCUUUACACUUUCUCGUAUUUCCUGUUAAUAGCAGUAUUAUUUUUACAAAGCCAUGAAACUAUUCAACAUUAGACACUUAUCCUUUUGUUUACACGUUUCAGCAAGAUCUUUCUCUCAUUUUCAGGACAUUUAAUAAGCUGUUUCUCAAAGAGUAUAUUAUGGCACUGUAUGCUGGACUAAAAUACACACAAAGAGUUUGCAGAAAUGCAGCAGAGUGGAUGUAAUGAUUUAUUUAUUGUUUUGAUAUGAUGAUAAUUGACAUGUAACCCAACACAACAGAACAAUGAGUACACACAUAACACACACAUGAGCCAAUCACUGGUGUCGUGGUCUGCGUCGUCCCCGUCAGGCUGCUGCUUUACCUCAGCCGGCCGCCCAGCUUUCCCUUUCCGCGCCCUUUGGCACUGAGGGGAUGCAGAGAAAGAUUAGUGUCACACACUGCGAUCAGCAAAUCAAUGCAAAAAAAACAGGGAACAGGGUGUUUUGGUUGUUUUUUUUUCAGUUCUGAUGGUAAACACAGGCAUGUUAUCUGUCUCAGACUUGGAAUACGUUGAAUAUACAGCAAAAUAUGUCAAUGAAGUUUGAUUGUUUGUCACAGUAAUGACAUUGCAAAUAAAGUUAAAGUUCAUUUUGUUUGUA